AUGUCUUCACAACACUGCACCUCGUUAGUGCACGAGGUCACUACCACAUAUGUGGCUGCAAAGAUGCCGCCAAAUCUUGUUGGCCUGCCUCCCGAAAUGAUUGAAAACAUCGUCAUCUUCCUGGACAAUGAGGACUUAUAUACUUUCCGUCUUACCUGCAAAGAAAUCAACGCGAAGAGUUUGCCCUUUUUCGGCCGGACUUUCUUCACUGCCAGAACCAUAUGCCUUGGAACGAAUAGCAUUCAAACGGUGUCAAAAAUAUCGGAGCAUCUGGAACUAUCGCGACACAUGCAAAAAUUGGUCAUCGGCUAUGCAUACCUUUCUCAAAUCACUGUCGAAGAUGCUUUCGAGGAGCAUGAAUGGACAGAAGAUAUUGCAAAGCUCGACCCCGACGAUGGAGCAAAUAAGGCUAUUAAGAAAUUCAAAGACACCUUCUUGAUUUGCCUCGAAAAGCAGAAUUCAUUGAGGUCUGGUGACCUUGAAACUGCUAGGCUCACCACUGCCUUCAACAAUUUCUCCAGAUUGGAUGCAAUUGAUCUGCAUAUGCGUAGAACAGAAACGCAUACGGCGCUGUACCGGAGCUGGAAUAAGUUAGUCAGUUACGAACCUUUCAACAGAAUGGUCAACUGGUUUGUGGAGCCUCUCAUAGCGACCAAAUCGCUGCCGCUACAACCAUUACAGCGCUGA